CUGACUGCAGUGUUUUUCGCGUGAAAACUAUCACAAAGAUAUUGUUUCGUUCCACCAUUUUUAAAAAACUAUAAAUAAACUCUACAAUAGAAUUAUGACAGUAGUCUUUCGUCAGUAACGGUGCAUCGUUACGAUGUUGUCCAUUAUUUAUUUAUCAAUUUUUUAUAUAAUUGGAACUCAAGCAGUGAAAUUUGAACUGGCCGGUGAAAAAACGCCGUACGAUUAUGUACAAGAAAAACUGGAUUCCAUGCUGGUUGAUGUGAAGAGUGGGAUGCCAUUAUCUGGAUCGUAUGAAGUUGAAGAAAGUGAGGACUAUCCGGAGGAGAAUUUGAAAGGCUCGCCGUCUACGAUACACAACUCAGUUGCUGGUUAUGGCUUGGGCCAAGGCAUUGGAUUGGGCGGCAUCGGUGGAUUAGGAUUUGGUCAAGGUCUUGGAAUAGGUCUAGGUGGAGCUGGUGUAGGUGGUUUAGGCAUUGGAAAUGUUGGAGGAUUGGGUAUUGGUGGCUUAAAUGGAGCAGUUCAAACUGGUCUUGUGAAUGGGGCUGGUUUGGGGACAAGUAUUGUAGGAAAUGGCCUUAUUCAUCCAGGCUACGGUGGAAUUGGAGUAGGUGGAGUCGGCAUUGGAAACGGUCUUAUAUACCACCACCCAAUAUUAGGAGGGCAAGUACAAGGAGGUUACAUUGAUAAAAACGCCUAUGAUGCGGCACAAAAGAAAGGAGCUGAUCAGAACGUUGAGAAAUUAGAGAAGAAAGCUGAAGAGGAAGUGAAACAUGGACAGGAAGGAUUUCAACAGGCUGCAGCUGCAGCUAAAGUAGAUAAGGGUGAAUCGAGCUUCUACAAAGAUGAGGAGGCUAAGAAGAAGGCAGUGGGGGAUGAAAAGUUUUAUGAGGGUGGACAGAAAGUUAAUAAGCUAGGUGCCAACGAAGAACAAGUCAAAAAAGCUAAAAGUCACAAAAAAGGCCACGUGAGCAAGGGCUUUAAGUCUUCAAGCAGUAAAAAUGAAGAAGAAAAAUCUGAAAGCUUCUAUGAUGAAGCUCAUGAUGAGGCUGACCAUAAAAUCGCUGGGCAGAACGCUGGCUCGUUUGGCGAGAACUCGCAGCAAGGCUUCAAAGGGGCCCAUGAAGAAAAGAUUCUUGAUGCAAAUGCACAGGGCAAAGAAGGACAUCAUGUUUCUGAACAAAAAAUCGAUGAUUCAAAGGCCAAUAAGGGUGAAUUCCUGCAAAAGGGUUACAAGGGCGGAGCAGAGCUGCUAGAGAAGUUUAAUAAUCUUGGAGCUCAUGCUGUGCACGGUCACCAGGAAGCCAGCGGCGGCUACCAACAGAGUAAAGGAAUACUGCCAAUACAUUGACGAAUUAAUAUACGAUCCAACCCGGAAGAAACACAAUCGAAUACG